AUGGGGAAGCCGCCCACCACUCAACCAGCUGCAGGUUCGUCCUCUGCACAGUCGGUCCAUUCUCUGCAGCUUCUGGAUCAUGACGAUACCGACUUGAUUGUCGAUGCUGACAACUACGAGAACCCUCCAUCUUACGAUGCCGCAAUUAACGACGAUGGACCGGGCUCCGGAUCGACAAUGAAUACCCACACCCACGCUGGUAUUUCGCUUCCUAGCGCAAGGCUGAUUGACGCCGAUUACAGAUUGCCCGGAGGCCGAAGAGCUCAAAGCGUGAGGUCAAGUGUACGGAAUACACACGUCGUCACUUUACAGCCAGAGUACACUGAGUGUGCGGUGGAACUGGCUGUCUUGAUGGCACAGCAAGUCCGCCUGCCACCGCGUCCUCAAAUUAUCAUUAAUGGCAGCCAUACCGAGUCUUCAAUCAACCACAAAGAUAACAAAAAACAAAGCAACACCGUCACAGACUUUGACUUUCGCCUUGACCUAGCUGAAACGCUACUGACUGGGUGGGAAAACAUACCAACCACGGCCACGAGAGAACUGCUGCCCGAAUCAACCUGGUAUAGGGCGAGCGUGUCUUUCGAUCAGGAUGAGAGGAAAACAUACAGAGGAACGCGGAUGAAGACGCUUGUCUGGAAAGGGCCCAAAGUGGAAUGGAAUGCACCAUCGUCGGCUUCCCGCGAUGGUCUGGAUCAGCAUAGUUCAUAUCGGGACGAAGAAGACGGCAUCCCUCCCCAUGAUGCAGAACAAGAGAGGCUGAUUCGGGGAGAUAAAAGUGGUUUGCUGGAGUGGUGCCAGAGAUAUUGUAACGAUCCGUCGCCUGUUAAAUCAUUCACUUUGACUCGUCACGUUCACAAUUUCAAGGCGGGAUCAAUGGCGGACUACCUGAAGUCCCAAAUCCGAGAGACAAACUACAGAGGCCAGAUUACUGCCGAGAUACAGAUCAUCAACGGCAAAGUUACAAUUUACUCGCCGCACUGGGUCAACAGGAUGCGCAACAACUGGAUAGUGUUUUGGGCGUGCAUUAUUCUGCAGCUAUGGAUUAUCACAUGGCCGAUCAUAUGGCUGCUGGAGAAGAAAUACGCCGUGGUCUACUCUUGCUGGUAUUCGUCGCACACUAUUGAUGCGGGAAUUGGCGCUAUUGCGAGAAGAACGUAUGCUCGCGGUCGUGAUGAGCACACUUUGGCUGAGUUCUGGGCCCCGGCUGUCAAACAAGCAGCAUGGGCGCGGCGCAAAGACAACGAGGUUCUCCUUCUCCAAGACGCCGAACGCCUGCAGGGUCUUACAACAGAACAAGUACUCCGUGCUCGUACAACUGAAUCGGAAGCUGAGCUUGAACGCAGACGACGCGUUGAUCGUGGAGAUGGCACAUUUCUCGAUUCGGUGAUUGGACUGGCUCGAGGGUCUGCCACCCUUUAUCUCAUUGAGAUAAUCGCAUUUUGUAGCGUAACGGCUUUGCUCAAUGCACAUAGUUCAUACCCAUUCACCACUAGGUAUCUUCCUCGGUUGGAUUGUCUGGGAUCGAUGCCGUGA